AUGGUUUCCACAAAGUCUCUCUUGACCACGGCGUGUCUGCUGUUCAGUGUAGCGGUAGAUGGUGAGUUGAGGCAUCCAGUCAAAUCAUGUCCUUGUUAACGGUACAUAGCCCACCCUCACCCACCGACCAACCCUAAUGUUCUGUUUGCGAGAUCAGAAAAUGCCAAGCGAUGCAGUGACCAAGUAGGCGCCAUGAAAACCAAGCGUCACCAGAUGCGAAAGCGCCAGGAGCUCGAGAAACGAGGCCUAAGACCUGGCAUUGACGAUGUCGACACUACAUAUGUCAUCCACGCUGAAGCACCCAAGUACGACUUCUUGAAGAACGACACCUGCGUCCUCACUCCGGAGGUCACACAGGGACCAUACUGGUACCCACCCCGUGAGCUUCUGCGUCAGAACAUUGUCGAGGAUCAGGUCGGUGUGCCUUUGGAGCUGGAGAUUGGAAUCAUCGAUGUGAAUUCUUGUGAACCGGUCGACAAUGUUUUGAUCAGUAUCUGGGUAGGUCAAACCCAGGCUUGGUACCGAGGCUUUUAUUGACGAGACGCUUUAGCAUUGCAAUUCCACGGGUUCGUACAGUGCCUUCGCCUACGACCCCAACACUCCUUUCGAGACUCUUCUCCAGGGACAGGGCAUCUACAAUACCAGCGGCUACGACAACUUCGCGUUUCUUGCCAACCGCCAAACCACUUUCCUACGCGGCAUGUGGCCGACGGAUGAACAUGGAGUCACCUCCUUCAAUUCGAUCUUCCCGGGAUUCUACAUCGAGAGAAGCAUCCACAUCCACGUCCAAGUGCACACGGACUGGAACAUCACUCGCAAUGGCACCGUAGGUACCAGCCGCGUUGUCGAGACCGGACAGAUCUUCUUCGCCGAGGAACUGGAGAGGGAGAUCAUGGCUCUGGAGCCGUACUCCAGUCACACCGAGAUCGAGCGCACGACCAACGUUGGCGAUGGCAUUUUCGCACAAGUCGUGAACUGUACGUCAACCUUCUUCGCGCCUUUCCUUGAUCGUAGAAGUACUGACGAGAGACUUAGCCGGCGCGAUGGCCAACGUGGACACCGAGCCUCUCGAUGGAGUAGACUACAAGAACGGUGUCCUUGCCUACAUCACACUCGUAAGUAAUCCCGCACCUUAUCUGAUCUAAAACCCUCGCUAAGAUCUCUCACCCCACCAGGGAAUCGAAACCACAACGAUCAAGAACGGAACCACCGCUUCCCCGAGUAAGUCCCCGUCCUCGUCCACUCACCUUUUUGCCCUGUAACCUUUUCUGACCGUCAUUGCAAAAACAGUCGGCAUCACGGCCCUGAACGAGACAGAUCCCGACAUCAACCCGCUCGACUACAAGAAACAUUAG